GCCUGCCUUUGUGAGAUGGAGUGCAUUCCACAGCGCAAAAUCUAGACAAAUAUCCAGGUCUUGCCCUGAUGGCCCCUUUAAAAAAAAGCCGAAUUGUGCUGGCGACAGCGCUAGUUGGCACAGGCAGCCUCUUGUUGCUUAACCUUCCGCUCCGCCGAGCACAUGCUGAAGCACCUCCAGGAGGGACCCUCGAAAAGCAACACGGCGGAGGUCACAUCCACGGUCAUGAUAAACGGCUAGUGCCACACCCAGCUCCUGUGACUGUCAAGCACGUCGUCCAUGAUACAACAGGACAUCUGGCGGACGUCUAUGCCCAGCUUGAGCACGAAUCACUGGACAUUGCCAAACUACCCAUAGAGGAAGCCAUCCUCACCAGCGCACCCGACGUUCCUCCAAGCAUCACUCGCGACCAUCCUGUCGUCCUCAAGGUAAAUCUUACCACAGCAAUCAAGAAGACUCAACUGACGGGGGCCUACAAAUACGAACAAUGGACGUUUAAUGAUCAAGUUCCAGGUCCGUUCAUACGGGCAAGAGUAGGAGACGUGGUCGAGUUGACGUUGAGCAACAAAGACGAGACGGGUAUGCCGCACAACAUUGACAGUCACGCAUUUUUGGGCCCAGGAGGCGGCUCAGCUAUCACGACAACCGAGUUAGGACAGUCCAAAACAGCCAGGUUCAAGUUACUGUGCCCAGGACUAUUUGUCUAUCACUGCGCAGCCGGGCCAGUCCCCGUCCAUAUCGCGAACGGGAUGUUCGGCCUGAUGUACGUCCAGCCGGCAGCGGGCGACCUCCCACCCGUGGACAAGGAAUACUACGUCAUGCAAAGCGAAUGGUACCAUGAGCCGCCGGAAGUGACCGACGACGGGAGGCGGGCGUCCGAGGUCGAGUUUUCCUAUCCCAACGCGUUGCGCGAAGAACCCGAGGCGGUUUUCUUCAACGGCAAGGAGUCUGCGCUGACACGCGACCGACCGUUGAAGGCCAAUGUGAAUGACACGGUGCGUAUCUUUUUCGGCAACGCCGGCCCCAACUUGACGAGCGCCUUCCAUGUCAUUGGCGGCAACUUCCGAAGGGCCUACCGCGACGGCGAUGUUUUGAGUCCUCCGGGGCAAUUCGUCUCGACGCUCAGCGUUCCCCCUGGGGGCGCCACCAUCGUCGACAUGCAUAUGCUGGUGCCGGGCACAAUGACCUUGGUCGACCAUGCUAUCUUCAGGUUGGAUAAAGGGGCUGUCGGGUAUUUGAAUGUGUCCGGAAAGCCAAGGCCUGAUGUCUAUCAGAGCGUGCAACCUCCUGCCCCAUGUCCUGGUUGCAAGUUACACCCAUAAUGAGUGGACUGUGGUAGCAUGAACUGUCUACAUUCUGAAUCUCUCCUCUGUUAUGGACAUCCU